AUGGCCAACUUUGGGCGAUUCGUGUGUGUGCUGGUGCCGUUCCUGCUGACGCUGGCAUCGUUGAUUGCCAUGCUGGUAGCAGGACUGUCGGGCCUCGCUGACAAGAGCCUCUACAUGUUCCGCGUCAAUGUGACGGACCUAUCGCUGUCGCCGGCCUCGGUCUCGAGAAUCCUUGAGGGUACUGGCUUCAAUGCGCCCAGUUUCGACGACAUCGACCUCCCCGACGUCGACCUCCCCGACCUCUCCAAGAUCGACAUUCCGGACAUCAACAUCGAUGUCGGCAAGCGCCAGUCGCAGACCGAAAACAUCACGGCUGCCGACCUCGGUUUGUACGACCUCUACGACGUCAACAUCUGGAACUACUGCUACACCACCCAGAAUGGCACGCGCGAGUGCACCAAGGGCAAGUUCGACUGGGCCGCCACCGCGCUCAACACGACCACGGGCGACUUCAACAGCAUGCUCACGGCCACCGGCCUGAACGUGACGCUGCCCAAGGAGAUCACCGACGCCGUGCGCGCCUUCGGCACCGUCUCCAAGUGGACCCAGGUCGUCUUCAUCAUCGCCUACGUGACUCUCGGCAUCGAGCUCUUCUUCGGCCUCUUCGCCAACUGCUCGCGCGCCUUCUCGUGCGUGACCUGGCUGAUCGCCACGCUCGCGACCCUCGCCACGGGCGCCGCCGCGGGCCUGGCCACCGCCACGGCGGUCAUCGUCGUCGGCGCCAUGAAGGCGUCCGCCGAGAUCUACGGCGUCGAGGCCGAGCUCAACACGCGCUUCUUGGCCACCGUCUGGAUCGGUGUCGCCUUCGCCAUCGCCGCCGGCCUCUUCUGGAUGUUCACCAUCUGCUGCUGCAAGCCCGACCACUCGUCCUCCCGCCGCAGCCGCGGCCGCGGCGAGGAGUCCGAGAAGUUCAUCCCCAGCGGGCCCGGCUACCAGCGCCUCAGCGAGCCCGCCGGCUACCAGGGUGGCUAUGCCAAGCCCUACGGCAACGCCCCGCAGGCGACCGGCGCCUACGAGCCUUACUCGCACGCCCGUGUGUAA